AUGAGGGCCGGGGCGCUGCCCCCGGCGCCCAGUCCGGAGAACCGGGCACUGCCCGACACAAAGAUGGCGCCGCCGCCUUCACUUAACGUCGGGCAAUGCCAACCACAAAGAUGGCGGCUCAUUGCCAAGCCGGCCGUGCCCUCAGCAAAGAUGGCGGCGGCAGCGUCGCCUCAGGAAGGGCGCGCCGUGCGUGACGCAGGCGCAAAAACCUUCACGCCCAACAUCAUCAGCAGGAAGAUCAAGGAGGAGCCCCGGGAGGAUGUGUCAGUCAAGAAGGAGAAGAAGGAGCGGGAGCGGCAGCGGGAUGGGCACGGCCGGGGCCGGGGCCGGCCCGAGGUCAUCCAGUCCCACUCCAUCUUCGAGCAGGGCCCUGCUGAGAUGAUGAAGAAGAAAGCAGGUUCCUGGGACAAAACCGUGGACAUGUCUGACUUUGGUCCUUCCCACAUCAUCAACAUCAAGAAGGAGAAGCGGGAGACGGACGAGGAGACCAAGCAGAUCCUGCGGAUGCUGCAGAAGGACGAUUUCCUGGAUGACCCGGGGCUGAAGAAUGACAUCAGGAACAAGCCAGUGCAGCUGCCCCUGGCCCACUCAGGGUGGCUGUUCAAGGAGGAGAUGGCAGAGCAGGACGACACCCAGCCAUGGCUGCCUGGAGCCAAGGAGGAGAAGAUGGAGCUGGAUCCACCAGCAGUGAAAGUGAAGGAAGAGCCGUGUGAGGAGGACCCCAGACCCGCCCAGCCCAAGGGCCCCCCCGCGUUCCCCCAGGACGUGUCGGCGGCUGAGCUGCUGCAGAGGCUGAGCCUGGAGGCCGAGGAGGAGCUGCUGUUCCUGCAGCUCCCCGACACCCUGCCCGGCCAGCCCCCCACCCACGACUCCAAACCCGUCAAGUCCGAGCUGCACAAUGAGGACGGGCAGGUGGUGCUGGUGAAGCAGGAGAAGAGCCAGGAGGCGAAGCAGGCAGAGAACACCUGCACCCUGGCCGACCUCCCCGAGGGGCAGGUGGGGAAACUGCUCAUCCGAAAAUCGGGAAAAGUGCAGCUGGUGCUGGGCAAGGUGACCCUGGAUGUGACCAUGGGCACCCCCUGCUCCUUCCUACAGGAGCUGGUGUCCGUGGGCAUCGGGGACAACCGCACGGGCGAGAUGAUUGUGCUGGGCCACGUGCGGCACAAGCUCGUCUGCUCCCCGGAUUUCGAGGCGCUCCUGGAGCACCGGCACCGGUAGCCAGGGGGUCCCAGCCCCUCCAGAUGUGCCUUUGGGACGUGGGGAGGGGGCUCGUGGAGGUGUGGGUGCAGAGUCAGCUCCCACCUCCUUCCAGCCCUGCAGGGUGUCCGGCUGUGUCCCCCCCAGACCGGCGGCUUCCCCCCAGUGCCAAACGGGGAUCUCGGGGUGUUUGGGACCGUGGGGUGUCCCCCAGCUGUGUGGACACGCUGCUGGGAGCAGGACACGUGUCCUGGGGGGAAAAAACCUGGAAUAAAACCUUUUUUCCUCCUG